AUGUUCGCAUCGGUUGCCGCGCUGCUCUCGGGUGCGCGCUGGCGUCCGUGGCCCCGGCGGUACCGCUGGCUCUGCGCGCUUGUUCUGGUGCUGGCGCUUUUGGGCGUUUCCGAAUCAGUCAGGGGCGCUUCACCCGACUGGAGCAAGUUUCGAGUGAGCGAGUCUGGUGUCAUUUUCGGAACGGACUUCUCUUCCUGCACAGCGCCAAUAUGUCCAAUAGACACGAGCGUGUGGAAGCCAGUGGACCAGGGCUCGAUUGGGGCGCCCUCCUUCUGGAUUGAAACCGACGUGGAUGCGAACGGGAUGCGUUACGAGAGCGGUGCGGUGCUCGAGCAGACCAAGAACAUUUUCUCGCCAAAUAGCGCCGCCGACCCCUAUGCAGGCACGUUUCUCCAGUACAUCGGGGCCGGCUCUGAGACCCUCACCAACUACGAUAUCUAUGUUGCGAUCAAUGCCGCAGUUAACGGACUGGCCGGAGUCAUGUUUCGCAUUCAGGACUCGAAUAACUAUUACCGCUUCGUGUGGAGUAACACGGAAGAGCCGGGAGUUCGUGCCAGCGGCGCUAUUCAGCAGCUGCAGGUUGUCGCGAACGGGAGCUGGAACACGAUUGCGACAGCGGCGCACGCGCAGCCGUACCCGCUCGGAGACUUUGUCGAGCUGCACGUGCGCUGCGAUCACGCCCGCCUUCAAGUGUUCAUUAACGGAGAGCUCUCUGUUGAGACGAGUGACAACACGUUCUCCAGCGGUACCUGGGCCCUCUACAAUGCCCGUUGCCCCGGUAUUCGAUACGCGAAUGUGCUGGUGACGGCUAAAAGCGCUGGGAGCGACUCGGUGCCGACACCGCUACCGUUCCCGAUCGCCAGCGGCGUGCGGAGCGCUCAGGCAACUAUCGCGCCACUCCCUGCCUUCCGGGGAGAAUCAUCGCGUCGGGUAGUCUUCCCGUUGAAUUUUACGGGAUUAAUGCUGAGCAAAUUUACCACUGGCGUGAGUCAAAAUAUCACGGAAGCGCUAUUGCGAAAUCCGGAUAUACGCGAAGCGCUUCUGUCGGACCCGCCGCUGGUGCUGGUCGAUCUGCGUGCUGGAUCAGUGAUCGCCACUUAUGCGGGCGUCAUCAGCGCAAGUGCUUUAGAUGCUUGGCAAACAGCGUUGAAUCGCUUUGUAUGCAGGGGCCAUUUGAGUAACUUGACGGCGCUCGGACCCGUAUCUUGUGGCGCGGACAACGUGCUCGCGGUUGAUGUCCAGGAUCCAAACGAGGCCAACGCUGUGACCGCGGGUCCCGCUCAAGGCAUCAGUACAGGUGCCGUAGCUGCCAUUGUGGCGGUGCUGAUCGUACUCGCUCUGGUAUUCGGUGUAUUGUUGGUAUGGUGCCUUCUGCGCAGACGACGGCAGCGACGAGCUGGCUUCGAGAAAAAAGCGCAUUUCGGGGCUGCCUACGGAUUUCAAGCAGCUGAUGCAGCGGAGAAGGGCACGCUCAGCCCGACGAGUCUCGGGUCUGAGGCAGCGAAUGAGCCGCGCUGGGGUAUUCCGGGGGGGAUCCUGUCCAUGGACAGCCUGUCGCCUUUGAUGCUCAGUUUGCCGAGCUUCGGGUCGAUAGACGAUUCUCAAAAACCUUUCAGCAUCGUCCAGCGAGUGCAGCGUCUCCUGGUCGCCCUUGUCCACGAUCAAGUGGAGCACUUUGGGCAAAGAGAUUGGCUUCUUGUUCUCGACGCCCGCACUGCAGUGCUCCUGAAAUAUGCCCUGGGACCAAACUUGGCCGAAUGCUUCCCUUCAGCACGGAUAUGUCUCCUGGAGCAGCUUCCUCGUUGCGGAAAUCGGGAACUAGAGCUCCCAACAAUCUAUAUUCUGGCUCCAACGGGCGACUGGAUGACCAGUGUGGCGCGCUAUGAGGCUAAGCGAAGCGCUCCAGUGCCGGUGCGGCUCUUGUUGACGCGUUCGCCGAGCGCACCGCUGCCCCGCCGCCACGCCAUUUCCUGGGCGGACGUUGACGGAAGCACCGUCUUACUACCCAUUCAUGUGGACUUUUUCCCGAUCGAGGAACAAGUGGUAAGUAUCGAGAAUCGGGAAGACGUAUUUGGUCUCUUGUACGGUGCAGAUGCUCCCGAGACCUGCGCCAUGCGGUUCCAGCUCAUGGAGGAACUCGGUCACCAGAUCGGCACCCUACUGCACGGCAUGGGUGCAGGCACCUUUGCGAAUGAAGCCCCCUGGAUUCAGAUUCAUACCUCUCCUGCGGCUAGUGAACAAGCGACCUGCAUUGCCAGGGCGGCUCAGACGUAUGCAGCGGUGCAUCUCUUGCCGCUGUUCUGUCCAGGUUUGGUGGCAGGGCGCGGUGCCCUGCACCUCCUGCUCAUGGAUCGUGCCGUGGACCCCGUUACGCCUCUGCUACACGUGAACACCUACCGCGGCAUGCUUCUGGAACUGAAUGAUGCAGCGGGAAACGCCCGACCGCAGUGGCCUUCCGAGCACGAUGCGGUCUGGCGAGCGCUGCGACAGUACACGCUAUCGGACGCUGUGGCGAAACUGCAGGCGCUCGCGCAGCCGCUCCUCGCAUCCAGCGAGCCUGACUCAGAUAACCGCGUGACUCAUGCGGAAUGUAUCGACCUGGAUCUUGCCUCGCUGAAGCGAGCGCUUGAGAGCCUCCAAGCAGCGGACCCGGCGCAGUUGGAGUUGCUUUCCGCUUUGCGCUGGCAUGCAAAGAGCCUGGAGCGUUGUCUCCAAGAACAGCAACAACGAAAUCUACUCUAUUUAUCGGCGUUGGAAAGGUGCAUCGUCAUGGGUAUCAAGCAGGAUCAAGGGUCACGAAUCAGUUCCGCUACGAUGCGCCGUACCGUGGAAAAGGUUCUCGAAGCGGACACGUAUGCGCUCUCCGACAAGCUGCGCUUACUGCUGGUGUUCCUUGGAUGCCGGGACCCACAUCUUGUCAGGGAACUGGUCCAGAAAAUUCCGGGACUGGACCUGCAGACGCAAGACUCGCUGAUACGAACGGCGAAUGCGUUUCUUCAACGCCUUCGUGCCGCCAAGUGGGCAACGCGCUCCGCCCGCGUGCGACGGAGACGGCGAGCUCGAGUGCUGGUACACGAGUCACUUGGAUCGCUACUGUUACCGGAGACGAUGGCGAGCCAAAUUUUGCUCCAGUAUAUGGGCGCAUUCGAUCUUCAACAACGACAUGAAGUCGCUGAAGGGCACGACGACAGCGCUGUUGCGUCCGACCAUGAACACAAGGAGCCGCUGGGGUCACCGGCUGCGGAACUCUUCUUGUCUACGUUGCUCGUGGAGCCGCGAGCGCCGUCGCCAGCGCCCGAGCCUCACGUGACAGCUCCGCUCGCUGCGACGACGACGAUGACGACGACGACGACGCCUGCAACCCAGGGACAUGAUAUGACGCACGAUGCUGCUGUCGGUAUGCAACUGGACGCCAUGCCCAGCCAGAACACCCGCAAAGGUAUUCAUUCUGAGGACGCGCAUAUGAUGCACAGUCCAGGGACAACAUGUAAUCAAAGCGACGAACAGCGAACGGCAGCCGACACGCAAACGACUCCACGAGUCGUUCAGCAAGUCGACCGGGCGACGCCAGAUGUCGACGUCAAACGCAGUGCACGUCGCAGCAGGUUGCGUAUCGCUGAAGAAGCAGGCAUGCUGGCAGAGGCGCUGUCGCCGUCAAGUCCCCCAUCUAGUGCACAAAGGAACGUGCGAUCACAAGCGACUGUUUGUGAAGCCUUAGACGGCACAGAGGCACUGCAGCAGCAGCAGCAAGAUGCGACUGAAACAUUGCCCGAGGACGCUGGAGUGCAUGCAGCGUUGGUGGAUCGUCUCCAGCGAGCCGCUGAACGUUACCGAAACGAUCGCUUCCUGUUCGUGGUACUUGGUGGAGUCACCGCUCUUGAAGUGGAGCAGAUACGAGGACUCGCUACACAUCUGCAGAUUGACGUGGUAAUUGGCGGUACAAGCGUGCUCUCCCCACACCAGUACUUGGCAUCUAUCGAGAGCCUAUAA